CACAUCACUACCCACUCUCCUCCUGUGAGACAUUUAAAAGACAUUACACACACAGUGCUGCGUGGAAAGCUGGGAACCACAGGGGAUCAUUUAUGGAUCUGUCCAUGUUAAACAUUUCUGUGGAAACGUGGAGAUGAACAAUAUCUCAACUGUGAGGCAACACUGAGGGGGCAACAAAAAAUCUGCACUUUGCUGAAGAUUGGGCUUUUGCGCAGCAGGUAAAAAUGGAUCCUCUUCUGGACCAAGUUUUGGCUGGCUUAAAUGGAACCCUGGGAGCGUCGAAUCGGACAGACCCCCUGGAUAAAUUCUCAGGGACCCAGCUGCUCUUGCGUUUCAAGCCACUCUUUAUUCCCUUCUACGCUUUGGUUGUUGUCGUGGCCGGUGUUGGGAACACUUUCCUCCUAGCCUGCAUUCUGAUGGAUAAGAAGUUGCACAACGCCACCAAUUUCUUCAUUGGAAACCUAGCGGCGGGGGACCUGCUGAUGUGUCUGAGCUGUGUGCCGUUGACUGCCUCAUAUGCGUUUGAUUCACGUGGCUGGGCUUUCGGCCGUCCGAUGUGUCACCUCAUUCCUCUGCUGCAGGGCGCCACAGUCUUUGCCUCUGUGUUGUCCCUCACAGCCAUCGCCAUGGACCGUUAUGUAGUGGUGGCGUUCCCGGUCCGGAGACGAAUCUCAGUUUGGGGCUGCGGCGCAGUGGCGUUGGGUGUCUGGGCGGUUUCGCUGGCCCUCGCCGCUCCUCCAUCGCUCCACACGCGCUACGUGGAUCUGCGGCCGAGUGGCAUGGAGCUGGUGGUAUGCGAGGAGUUCUGGUUGGGUGCCGAGCGCCAGCGCUUGGUAUACUCCUGCUUCUUUUUACUGGCGUCCUACAUGAUCCCCCUGCUGUCUGUCAGCAUCUCCUACUGCGCCAUCAGCGUGCACCUCCGCAAACACACUUUGCCCGGAGAGCCCUCCCAAGGCCAGCAGCGAUGGAGCAAACAACGGCGCAAGACGUUCUCCCUACUGGUUGCCUCCGUGCUCGCUUUCGCCCUCUGCUGGCUGCCGCUGCAGGUCCUCAACCUCCUGCUGGACCUGGACUCUGACUUCCAGAUCGUGGACAAACGCUACGUCAACAUAUUGCAGGUCAGCUGCCACCUGAUAGCCAUGAGCUCGGCCUGCUACAACCCCUUUAUCUACGCCUCGCUGCACAGUAAGGUCCGCAUGCACCUGCGGGGAUACCUGUGCCCCUGCAGGCGCAGCGGGCAGGAGUUUCUAUCUCGCUGUGCCUCCCGUAACCACGCCACCUGUCUGACGCUCAUCUCCGAGGUAGCGGUGAAGGACAGCCAAUCACCUGAGAGCCCCGUCCCUGACAGCUGCCUCUGAAGAUGAGCGGCACAUUGGAAUCAGAAGGGGCACUUAGACAUUAAAGGGGUUUCACAGCACUGAAGUGGUAUUCCUGCCAAUAUUCAAGGUUCUUAUCUGAGAAUGAAGGCUGUGGGUUUUUCUUUCACGAGGACUAGAGAGAACACUUGGGCUCUCUAAGUUGUUUUGAUGUUGCUAUGGACAUUAGUUUUAGGCUCCUUGUACGUCUGCUUAACCUUGAACGAAUAUCUAUGAUGCUAAACACAGAUUUACAAGCUUUGCUAGACAUUUGAAUCACAGCGAGGGGAAAUAACAAAAAGCCAUAACUAUAUGUCUUCAACUACAGGUAUUUGUCACUUUUCUCUAUCUUUCUGUCUCAGACGCGAAGAAAAUACGAGAUGUUUUAGAUCUUGGACGUCUUUCCCAUCACCUCUGACCCUAUCGUAAUAGCGCUUACAGAGUUAGCCGUGAAACAUUGUUCCUUUAGCUCUCACCCGUGUCGGAAAACAAGCAAUGCAGAACUCCUAAACCAUUCACAACUCUCAGAGGAUCACUGCUCCCUGUGAUAUAGAUCAUUGAUCUCAGAAGCUCUCACGCUCGAGUCCAGCAAUCUCAAGAGGUUUCCAGCAAUCUGAGUUCAAUCGAAUGACAGCCUUUCACCUCCUGUAAUGGACUGCACAUUUUGGCAUGAAGCACAGAUGAGAUCUCACGCCGGAACACUCCUACUCCAUCUGAAGACAGAGUUCUGUAAAACGUUCGACAGGGCGAGCUUGACCUUUCGUAACUGACGAGAACUAAAUUGAUGAUAAUUUCACGGGAACAAGUACUAGAUGUUUUGUUAUUAUGUGAUUUUGUCAUUUUCCUCGGAGAGAAGCGAGAAUUGAUGUCUUAGUUUGAGGUUUUUCCAGAGGUGUGAGAUAGACUUAAUUACAAUUUCAUUCACACCGCAAUAUCACUCAGUAAAUCAAUCUGUAUGAUGAAUGCACAACAAUGACCCAAAAGAUUACUCAUAGAACGUCAGUGCGUGUGAACUGAAACUAAGCCAUUAUAAAAAAAAAAAUUUCUUUAAAGUCCCCCUGUAGUUGUGAAAUGUAUCCUUUAAAAGUCAUCUUUGACCAUCAACAUAACAAAUUGAAAUGUUUUUCUGUUAAAUUAUUUCGUCAUGCUCUAAAAUAGCUUAAAGCUACAGUUUGUAAAAACCGCCGCUAGAGGGUGCACGACUGUGAAGGAGCGUGGAAUGAUGCUAUCUGUAGUCUUCAACUCCACCGCUGAUGGCCAUCAAUCAGACGGGUACGAGAAAUCAUGUUAGCGGAUGAGGUAAAGUAAUAAAGUUUUAUAAAUUUUGCGUAUAAUUGUGGUCCAUAAAUAAGUGACUGCUCGAAACAAGCUAGUGGCUUGCUAGAUGCUAGACACUAAUUCCGCAUUUGUCCACGACACUGUUGUCAUGCGGUUUCUACGUCAGUAAAGGCGGUAAAAAAGCGUAACGCGGAUAUGACGCCAUUGACAGGCGACUGCACAGCCCGUGUCACUAUUUAGAAUGGUGAUUUUCUCAUGAUUUACAAGUAGUUGGAAACAUUUGAGAUAUUGUAAGUACAAAUUAUAUAACACUGGCCUAAUGGUUUUUUGAUAUUUUGAAAAAAAAUUCAAAAUUGUUACAAACUGCACCUUUAAUGUAACUCUUCAUUUAGUAUGCAUGGCAUAAUUAAUAUGCAAAUUAGUCUCCGCCUCCACUCAUUCACACCAGAUCCGAUCCAUUCAACCACUGUACAACAUGAUUGGUUUGAGACGUAGAAAACAGGCUGUUUCAAACCACGUUUUUGAGUCUGUCUUUGGUAACCUGCAUUUUCAGGAGAAAGAAAUUUAGCAAUUGUGCUGAGAAAUGAAUUUCCACAUGGUUUGUCUUAAAGUGUAUCAAAAACACCACAAAGACAUGUAAAUUAAAAAUGUCAUUUUCAUCACAAGGGGACUUUAACUUCAGAUGGGUACGCACUACAACUCUUUUCUGUAAUUUGCUUUCUUUUUGUUUUAGUUUGUUGUUGUUUUAUCAGAACUCUGUUUGUUUGCUGUUGGUUUAUCAGAACUCACAGAAACAUCAUUAUGUUUGUCUAAGACUGUAUACAUGUACAGAAAUUUCCUAAUAGUUUGAUCGCCCCAGACAGCUCCGCUUGGCCGUUUCAAAUCACCAACCUGUAUUCAUUCUGACAGUCUCAUUUACAUACAAUUGAUCUGAUGCACAAACCAAGCAAGCAGUUGGUGACAAUGUUUUUGUCAGGAGUCGGUUGUGGCUGGGCAAACUCAAUGUAAUUUCGACAAUCGUAAUGUGAAGAAAAUGCUAAAUAAUGAGAUAUCUAUUGUAUGGUAAAUCAUAAACAUUUCUAACUGAACAUCUCCCCUCAAAAAACACACACAACGAUAACUCAACAUAUUUGUCAGAACUUCGUCCGAGGUAAAAUUCUAUAUAAAGGCUGUUAAUUGUUAGCAUCAGGUCAAUAAAUCAUGUCAUGAAAUUGCACAGCGUGCACCUGGCUUUAGAGAUGAACGUCUACCCACACACGAAUGAGCAUGUGCGUACAGUCUUGUAGAUUUCCAUUUGACUAGCUGGAUCUCCACUGCGACAGUGUGUAUUAUGACUUUUGUGAAUGCAAUGAAGCAAAUAACAACCACUGUCGCUGUUGUCGGCCUGCAGAAAUGUGUGUAUGACCUUGUAAAUGUGUAUGUAAAAACUUUCAUCAGCAUUUCAAAGAGUCUUGUGGUUUAUGAGAAAGUACAUGACAUUAUAUUAUACACAGAAUUUCCUUGAGA